AGCUUUAAUAAGAUAACAUAUCACUUGAAUCAUAUCCCGGGUCAAAUCCGGGUUCAGAUAUCACCCAUCCCCCUCUCUUAUCCUCCCACCCAAUCCCACAACAGAUUCUCUCCCUCCCACCAAAACCUGCAAUGUCUCUCCGGAUUCUCUGCGACACCUCCACCAUAACACCAUGCACCCGCUUCCCUCUCCACCGUCCAUCCCUCCUACCCCCUUCAUCCGUACGCACAAAUCUCCACAUCGUUUCAGCUGCCAAAAAACUCUCCUCUAGAACCGGCAAAUUCGACAGCAAGAACAAAAGGGGGUCACCCUCAUCCGAAGAAGAUGAAUCAUCAAGUGAUGGUGCAAUUGGGACCGUUGAUUCGACCCCGGAGGUGCAGAAUUUUGAUGGGUAUGUGUUGCCGGAUCUUCCUGGGCUUGAACCGGACUUUUGGGAAGGGCCUCAGUGGGAUGGUUUUGGAUUCUUUGUCGAGUAUUUGUGGGCUUUUGGCAUCGUAUUUGCGUUAAUUUCUAGUGGAAUUGCUGUGGCAACGUAUAAUGAGGGUGCAACUGAUUUUAAAGAAACUCCGGCAUACAAGGAGUCGGUUCAAUCGAGGGACUUGUUAGAAGAACCCGAGGCGUCGAGUCCUGAUGUUUUCGAGUCCAAUCCUACCGAAGAAGCUCCUAGUUUGGAAUGAUUCGCAGGUUUACUGAUUAUCAUAUUUGGCGCAAACGGCAUAGAAUGUUGUUUGAGGUAAUGUAUUUUGAUGCAAUAACAAUUACUCUUUUGUUGUGCAAUAUACAAGUUUAGUUUGAAUGAUGGAUCAAAGGAUGUGUAUAAAGAUGAUUUUUAUGUUAUUAUGGUAGGUGGCUAUUUUUUAAAAA